CCGCCCGAGCGAGAAUGGCCGCGAGCCUGCAAGUCGCCGUGGCGUCUCUCGUCCCGCCUUCGACCGCGUCGUCCAUCGGAAGGAGAGGAAGAGGAAGGACCGUCGUCGUCGUCGGCGGCGGCGGCGGCGGCGGCGGCGGCGUCCGCUGUUCCGCAAUCGGCUCCAAGGGCUCCUCCUCCAAGCUCCCUGCCGCCAAUCAACCCUAAGGACCCUUUCCUAUCGAAGCUGGCCUCCGUCGCCGCGGCCUCGCCGGAGUCGCUGCUCGCCCGCCCCGUGAGCUCCGACACGCCGCCGUACCUGGACCUGUUCGAGUCCCCGCAGCUCAUGGCCACGCCUGCUCAGGUGGAGAGGUCAGUUUCGUACAAUGAGCACCGACCAAGGAGGCCUCCACCGGAUUUGCCUUCACUGCUUCUCCAUGGAAGAAUCGUUUACAUUGGCAUGCCAUUGGUGCCUGCAGUCACAGAGCUUGUAGUUGCGGAAUUGAUGUACUUGCAAUGGAUGGAUCCAAAGGAACCAAUAUAUCUUUACAUAAAUUCUACUGGAACAACUCGUGAUGACGGUGAGACGGUGGGCAUGGAGACAGAGGGUUUUGCCAUUUAUGAUGCAUUGAUGCAACUGAAGAAUGAGAUACAUACAGUUGCCGUAGGUGCAGCUAUAGGACAUGCCUGUCUGCUUCUUGCUUCGGGAUCUAAGGAAAGGUUUAUGAUGCCGCAUGCCAAAGCAAUGAUCCAGCAACCUCGUGUCCCAUCCUCUGGGUUGAUGCCAGCCAGUGAUGUUCUUAUCCGUGCAAAAGAGGUGAUAACCAAUAGGGAUACUCUUGUAAAGCUUUUGGCUAAGCACACUGGGAAUUCCAUAGAGACUGUAGCCACUGUCAUGAGAAGACCUUAUUACAUGGAUGCCACAAAGGCCCAAGAAUUUGGUGUCAUUGACAAAAUUCUUUGGCGUGGUCAGGAGAAGAUAAUGGCAGAUGCAGCCCCUCCUGAGCAGUGGGACAAGAAUGCUGGCAUCAAAGUUGUAGAUGGAUUUUAAAAUUUCUCCAACUUUCAGAUGGAUGAUUUUAUUGCAGGAAACUGUGCAAUAAGGAACUAUGCAUACAUAAAAGCCGUGAACUCAACUGUGGAGCAUCAGAGCCCCGGAUUGCUUGCAGGAGAAUAACUGCCGCUUGUAAUUAGCAGUUGUCCUGAAAAUUUUCAAUACUACGAUCAUAUGGACAGUUCACCAGUGCACCAACAACAGAUCGAGGAAACUCUGGAAAAUAGCAAGUAUAAUUAGUUUCAUUUUAGCUUCAAAUGGGUUAAUAGUUAGCCUGUAACAAUGCUUUGACCUAUUGAAUUCAUUUUCGUUUCUUCAGCCUGUCGUGCAUCAUGGUCCUGAUUUUUGCUUGUUGCUGAGCAUUUCGUAUUCACUCUGAAAUUCAUUAACCAUCGGAUUUCGUAAACAGGUAGGGGAUCUAUAAAUAGAUAGCUCAUUGGUCCCA